AUGCUAGCACGCCAAAAAACUGAACGACAAUAUUAUGAACUUCUACAAGAUGAAAAGUUACGAACAGAAAUAACUAAAGUUAAGGCUGAAAAUGAAAAAUUCAGAAACAACUUGAAGAAAAAGCAAGAACCAUGGAAUCAACAAGAAAUCUAUCGAUUGAAAAAUGAAAACAAUCAAAUGCUUAAUAAAAUCAGGGAAGAAAACCGGUCGAGGAUAAAUAGUUUGCAAGACCAACUCAAUAAUAAUAACCAAAGAAAAACUGUAUUUUUGGAUGUAGUGGAGGAUAUUGCUCUUACUGCUAUACCCCUUUUUAUCAGUAAUAAGG